AUAAUCACACAACUAUUCUCAUAAUCAACACAUUCUUCAAAAGAUCUCUCAUUUAAAAAUGUCCAUCAACAAGAUUUUCACACACAAUUUGGGUUUCCCAAGAAUUGGAGCUCGUCGUGAAUUGAAACAAGCUUUGGAAUCCUACUGGUCAUGUAAAAUUGAUUUGAAUGCAUUGGAAUUAGUCGGUACUCAAUUGAGAAAGCAACAUUGGGAACAACAAUUACAAGCUGGUCAAUUGGAUUUAAUUCCAGUUGGUGAUUUUGCUUGGUAUGAUCAAGUUUUGGAAUGGACAACAACUAUUGGAUGUAUUCCAAAACGUCAUCAAUCUGAUUCUGCUCAAGAUCAACCUUUCCACUUGGAUACUUUGUUUAGAAUGGCACGUGGUAGAGCUCCAACUGGUCAACCAGCAGCUGCUUGUGAAAUGACCAAGUGGUUUGAUACUAAUUAUCACUUCAUCACUCCAGAAAUCAAAUUGAAUCAAGAAUUUGCUCUUUCUCGUACUUUCCUCUUUGAGCAAGUUAAGGAAGCUGAACAAGUUUUGGGAAUUGAUCGUGUCAAGCCAGUUAUUAUUGGACCAUUGACUUGGUUGUACUUGGCAAAGGGUGAGGAAUUUGUUGGUUCUCUUGAUUCUAAGAAAUUGACUCUUUUGGAAAAGUUGUUACCAGUUUACAAUCAAGUUUUACAACAAUUUAGUCAACUUGGUGUUAAAUGGACUCAAAUUGAUGAACCUGUUCUCUGUUUGGAUUUGAAUGAUGAAUGGAGACAAGCUUUCCAAACUUUCUAUCAACAAUUGAAUCAAUCCAAGAAGCUUAACAUUUUGAUUGCUACCUAUUUUGGAAAUUUGUUGGACAACUUGAAAACUUUGGUCAAUUUGCCAGUCGAAGCCAUUCACAUUGAUGCUGUUCGUGCUCCACAACAACUUGCACCUGUAUUGGAAUCUCUCAAAAAUUCCUCAAAGAUUUUGUCAGUUGGCUUAAUUGACGGAAGAAACAUUUGGAGAAGUGAUUUGGAUGCUUGCAUUGAAACUAUUCAAAAAGUUAUCAUUGGAGAAUUCAAAUUUGAUGCUUCUCGUUUGUGGCUUUCUCCUUCCUGUUCCCUUUUACAUGUUCCUUUCGAUUUGAAAUACGAAACUAAAAUCGAUGCAGAAUUGAAGAGCUGGUUGAGUUUUGCUGUUCAAAAGCUGGAAGAGUUAUCUUUGUUGGGUUAUGCAGCCCUUCUUAAAGAUGGAUGCGAAGGUUCAAUUCCUUCCAAUAUCUCUUCUCUUCUCGCCACUCAAAGAUCUGCAAUCGAAUCUAGAAGAAACUCUGUUAGAAUCCACAAUCCACAAGUCAAGUCCAGAAUGAAUGAAUCCAUCUCAACAGACAGAUCACAUCCAUUCGAUGAUAGAAAGAAGGCUCAACAAUCCAAAUUCCAUCUCCCAAAGCUUUUCCCAACCACCACCAUUGGAUCUUUCCCACAAACUCAAGAAAUUCGUUCCAUUCGUUUGAAAUACAAGAAUGGAACUGUUUCACGUGAAUUAUACGAAAAGUUCAUGAAGGAAGAAAUUGAGAAAGUUGUUCGUCUUCAAGAGGAAAUUGGUUUGGAUGUUUUGGUUCACGGAGAACCUGAAAGAAAUGACAUGGUUGAGUAUUUUGGUGAAUUGAUGAAUGGUUAUGCAUUCACUGAGAAUGGUUGGACUCAAUCAUUUGGUAGCAGAUGUGUUAAGCCACCUGUUAUCUUUGGAGAUAUUUCACUUGAUAAGCCAAUGACAGUUGAAUGGUCUUCAUAUGCUCAAUCUUUGACUGAUAAGCCAAUGAAGGGUAUGUUAACUGGUCCAGUUACUAUUUUGAACUGGAGUUUCGUCAGAGAUGAUCAACCAAGAAGUGAAACUUGUAAGCAAUUGGCUUUGGUUUUAAGAGAUGAAGUGCUCAACUUGGAAAAGGCAGGAAUUAAGAUUAUUCAAAUUGAUGAACCAGCUGUAAGAGAAGGUUUGCCAUUGAGAAAAUCUGACUGGAAUACCUAUUUGAAAUGGGCAGUUGACUGCUUCAAGUUGACAACAUCAGGUGUUGAAAUUGAUACUCAAAUUCACACUCACAUGUGCUAUUCUGAAUUCAAUGACAUUAUUGACUCAAUUGGUGCAAUGGAUGCUGACGUGAUUAGUAUUGAAACUUCUAGAUCUAAUAUGGAAUUAUUACAAGCUUUUGAAGAUUUCAAAUAUCCAAAUGAUAUUGGUCCAGGUGUUUAUGAUAUUCACUCUCCAAAUGUUCCAAAUGUUGAAUGGAUGGUCAAGUUGAUCAAGAAUGCUAUUGAAAGAAUUCCAAAGGAAAAUAUUUGGAUAAAUCCUGAUUGUGGUUUGAAGACUCGUGGAUAUCAAGAAGUUAAGCAAGCUUUAAUUGCUAUGGUCCAAGCAGCUCAACAAUUGAGAACUGAAUUUGAAACUUGUCAAUAAAUAUUUU